CGGUCCCUUUGGAUCAGCCCUUGCUGGCCGGCCAGCUCAGCCGGAGAGGACCAGGGCUGGAGCCUUGCCUUCCGUGGAGGGCCGUGAGGCAUGCUUCCCUCUUGACUUCCGCUCCCAGGCGCCCCCAUGGCCACUGGGCCCUUGGCCUGCACCCCAGCGGCUGGCCAGAGAUCGGCCUGGGAGGAAGGGCGACUCCACCAGCUGCUGCAUUCCCCUGAUUACAACCUUUUCCCCAACUCGGCUGUCUUCGAGAGCGACUUUGUGCAGGUCACAAAGAAGGGGAAAUGGGUGGACUUCACAAAUAUGCCCUCCGUAGUCUCCGUGGGGGUGACCUCCUCUGACCCCUGCCUCCCCCUCCCCAAUGUGCUGCUGAUGGCCCGGCGGAAGACGCUCGACAAAGGCUUUGCGGCCGGGGACAGCCAGACCCCCACGGAGCAGCCCACCAUGGAGCUGAGCAGGCUGCUCCCCCUCCGCUACGUCCGGCUGUCCGUCCACCGCUCUGCCCAGCGGAUCCUGCGCCUCCAAACGGUGACCCGGAAAGUGUACUACCUGCAGCUGCACCGGGAUUACCCCAAGGCCGUCUUUCGGCUGUGGAGCCACUUGGCCGACAUCCUGAAGAGGGGCCUCUCCACCACCCCCAAGGACCCCGCCCUCCACAUCGCGCACAGCCUGGUGCCCAGCGGCAGCAGCCCCUCCGGCAGCUCCUCCGGUGAGGGCUUCCGGAGCCUCGGGAAGCCUCGGCAAAGUCAGGAAGGCAGCGGGACGUGA